AUGGAAGAGCAAGACCCAUGGCAUCUUACCGUCGUCCUCCUCGAAGGACUCCGACUCAUGCGCCCGGAGAAGGCAUGGCGCCCAAUCAUUACCCUAGAGGUCGAUAAGCACCACACCCACGAGACGACCCUAGGUGUUGACGGCCAGAACAUUAAUCAGAAGGAGGUCUUCAAGUUUCACGAUGUGGACCACAACACGAACAUCGAAAUCAAGGUCUGGCACCGUUCGCAAAGCAAGAAGAAGAAGCGGAAAAUCCUGGUGGCGUCAGCGUGUCACUGCCUUGGAGAGCUGGUAAAAAAGCGAAGUCCGGAAUCCAAGCUGGAGGUGCGACUUCAAUGUCGACAGGCUCAGCAUAAAUCAGUUUCCAGUCGUGGACGACCUCAGAAGGGUGCCGCGCUCCACCUCAAGCUUCGACCACCAUCCACCUUUAAUUGUGAGAAACAACAAGAGUGUUAUGAGAGCUCAAGCUCCUCGGACUCGUACCCUGAUUCGGACUCCGAUGACGGUUCAUCAGUAGCAACAGCGGAAGAUGAUAUGCCCAUCCAUCGGCACCUGCGCCCCGAAGACCAGCCUCAGACUCUGCGCCGGCGGAAGGUUCGAGGAUAUGUGAUCAAUUCGGACGAUGGCUACUCGACGGAAGGCAGCUUCAUCGCACCACCACCUCGCCGGCGUCUCCUCUCGGACGAUGUCACCAUUGCCGAGAUGACGAGGAAAUACCAUCAUACGGGGAGGACCAACAUAGACUUAUUGUCCACAGCCAUCCACAAGAUACCAUCUCUUUCGCUGGCAUGGCUGAGGGCUUGCUCGCCUCGGAUCUGCCGCUACCUCUGUAUACAGAGAAGCUCGUCGUGCCGCCGGAUUACAGCCAUCUUACCCGCGGAGAGCGCAUGUUGGUCUCUUUCACGCUGUACGGCGAGAUGUGCACCGCGAGGACGGAUGCCCAGUUUGAGCCGAUCUUCAGGAGGUUGCAGUCAGAAUGGACAUUUAUCGGUGGUUUGCUGGUCGCUCUUGCUGCCGUGA